AUGGAGCUAAAUGAACAUUUAGUAGAUACUAUAGCACCUACUAAGGAGGCCAGAAUUAAAUGCAACUCCCAGGAAUGGUUUGAUGGUGAGAUUGCAGACAAGAUUGCUACUAGAGAUAAACUUUUUAAAAAGUUUAAGAAGUCAAAAUUACAAAUUGAUUCUGACCUCUGGAAUGAAGCGAAAAAAAACACAGGCAAGCCUAAGGAACUAUGGAAGACUCUAAAGUCUAUGGGACUUGACAACUCAAAGAAGUCAGAUCCGAACUACUGUCUAAAGGAUGAGGAUGCCUUACAUUUUGAUACAAAAUCAAAACUAGAGAUAUUUAAGAACUUUUUCUCUGGUCUAGCAGAUGGGCUGCUUCAAAAUCUUCCUAAGCCCUCAAAUAGAUUUGGGAUAAAUGCUGUCAUCUCAUAUUACAAAUCGCUAAACAUUGGAAACAAGAUAUUCAAUUUUCAGCAAGUCUUAGAAGAAGAUGUGCUGAAUUUGCUGAAUGAUACUAGUACAACAAAAGCACCAGGACUUGAUACUAUAUCUGGAAUUUUCUUGAAGGAUGGUGCUGAUGUUCUCUGCAGACCAAUAACUCAAUUAUGUAAUCUUUCUAUCUCACUGUCAUCUUUUCCUAGUGAAUUGGUCCAUAACCAAACACAAGCUUUCUUAGACGAAAACAAUAUAUUAUUUAAAUUUCAGUCUGGCUUUAGAAGCUGUCAUUCAACAGAUUUUUGUCUAUUAUAUAUACAUGACAAAAUUUCAAAAGGUUUUGAUGCAGGCUUGCUGUCUGGUAUGAUCCUCAUUGACCUACAAAAAGCUUUCGAUACCAUCAACCACUCCAUACUUUUGGAAAAAUUAGGAACUCUUGGAUUUUCAAAUGAAGUAAUUCUUUGGUUCAGGUCUUACCUUGCAAACAGAACAUUUUGUGUGUCAAUAGAUAACUUAUCAUCUAAUCCAGGUAAACUGGAAUGUGGUGUUCCCCAAGGUUCUAUCUUGGGUCCACUUCUGUUCUUACUUUAUGUAAACGAUAUGCCACAAGCUUUAGUACAAUGUGAUCUUUUUCUCUACGCAGAUGAUUCAUGUCUCUUAUUUCAACACAAAGACAUAACUGAGAUGGAAAAUGCUCUUAAUACAGACUUCAGUAAUUUAUGUGAUUGGUUUGUGGACAACAAACUCAGCAUACACUUUGGUGAAGAUAAAACUAAGUCUAUUCUUUUUGCCUCCAGGGGAAAAAUUAAGAAAGCAGAAAAACUUAAUAUUUCCUACAAUGGAGUAGAAAUCAAGCAGCAUACGAAAGUUAAAUAUCUUGGUUGCAUCUUUGACCAAUCACUGUCUGUUUUAAAAAAGAAGCUCCAGGUUGCUCAAAACAAAUGUGUUCGCUUCUGUUUACAAAAAAGUAGCAGAUCACAUGUAGGUGCUACGGAUUUUAAGGAAAUAAAUUGGCUAUCAGUUGGCGAAAGGUUUAAAGUAUGCGUAAACAAUCAUGCAUAUAAAUUUUUUCAGAAAAAAUGUCCUCUGUACAUGUCUGAUGUAUUUAUUCCAUCAAGUCAUAGAAGAGCUUCGACUCGUUCAUCAUUCCAGAGGCUUGAACAAUCUUGUGUAAAAACACCCCAAGGUCAACAGUGUCUUUCCUACCUUGGACCCUCCUUAUGGAAUACUCUUCCUGAGGGUCUUAAAAGAUCUAGUACUACAAACAGUUUUAAACACAACCUAAAAAAGCACUAUUUUGAUGUUAUAACGAGAAGGGACUCAGAUGAUUUUGUGAAUUAA